AUGCCUCAAAACAGCUACCGACGGGGCUACGUUGCCUGCCUGAGCUGUCGCGCCCGGAAAGUCCGCUGCGUGUUAGGAUCCGAGCCACCAUGUGCCAAAUGCCGCCGCGAGCACCGCGAGUGCCUGUUCCAGAAGCAAGAACGCACGGGGAAGCGUCGCGAAGCACCGAAAUGGACGAGACAGAGUGCCACAGUAUCGAAUGAUAUGUCGUCAACCCCGCGACAGGAGGAUUCCGAAAGAGAUGCUGUGCAGUCCGAGCGGAGCCGUGGUUCGGCAACAGAGACCAACCUGCAGGGCCAAGAUGGCUCCGACGAGUCGCCGCUGACUGACCCAGUCAUGUCGACGAUCUUUACACGUCCGAGUGAUGCGUUGAAUGUACUUUUUGAUGCUGCCCAGGUGCCUCAGGGGGGUGUGCCAGCACAGGCGGAUUCAGCCACAAACAUCGUAUCGGAGAGUGGCCAGGUCGCUGUGUCUGCUCUGUCCCAGCCGAGUGAUGAAGUGCUAGAUCUCUGGGACAAAUGUCGGUUUGUUCGGCAGGGUUGGUUUACUGCCCAGGAGGCCGUUACGUAUCUUGACUUGUUAUAUCGAUACUUGGCGCCUCUAUCCCCAGUGUUAACAGACGACUAUCGCGAUCAUGAUAAUCACGCCCGUCUGAUUGUGGAAGAGCCCAUGUUGUGCUGCACACUGCUCACCAUAUCCUCGCGAUAUUUCAUCCUCCCCGGCGCCGGGGGCGUAUCUCGCAGCCACUUCAUCCACCAGCGGCUAUGGCAGUACUGCGAGCUCCUGAUCCGGCGCGUAAUGUUCGGCCAGGAAAAGCACUCGACUGCAAAGACGCGCAUUGUCGGUUCAAUCGAGAGCCUCAUUCUGAUAUCUGACUGGCAUCCGCGUUCCGUCCACUUUCCCCCGGACACAGAAGGGUGGGACGGCGAGCUCAUCUCGCCUGCUUACGACCGACGCAAUCGACUGCACACCAACGGAGACGUCCCUCUCAUCCGGUGGCGCGAGGAUGUCUUUGAGCCUGCGCGCCGUUCUGAGCGUAUGUCCUGGAUGCUUCUGGGAGCGGCGACUAGUCUCGCUUAUGAGUUGGGGAUAUUUGACGGAGUAGGAUCGAGCGAUCCGAAGCUGAGUGCGCGGUAUAAUCGUGCUGCUAGACUGCUGUAUGUGUAUGUCACGCAGAUGGCUGUCAAGAUGGGAUGCUCGUCGCUUCUUCCAGAUAACAUGCAAGCCAUGCAGGCUUCCCCAGAAUCUACACAAGACCCCCAGUGGUCUGCCUGCAUGAAGCUCUGGGCGGACCUGACGCGGCUGAUGAAGACUGCGUCGGCCAUGUUCUUCCAGUCCAUGCCUUAUACCAAGCAGCAGCUGCACUCUGGCCAGUAUGUGAUCUUGCUGCAGCACUUUUCCCCGUCGCUGGACAAGUGGCACGAGCAGUUCGCAGCAUCCGACCUCCCUCCAGCCUUGAGCUCCGUAAUCCUCAUUGAAUUCCACUACCUCAAGGCCUGCACCAAUGCCCUCUCAAUUCAAGCCGUCGUCGAGCGAGCCGUCGCCCGAUCCACCACCCAGCUGAACGACUCCCUAGAGGGCGUGGACUCCUGUAUCCCCCCUCAAGACCAUGCAUUCAUCCAAGACCUCGUAAGCAGCAGCCGCAGCGUACUCGAGAUAGCCACGUCAAUGGCCUCAGAGGGCCGACUGCGCUACGCCCCCUUGAGGACACUAGUCUGCAUCACCUCCUCUUCCAUAUUCCUUUUAAAGGCGAUUAGUCUGGGUGCGCGCCAUGCGGACCUGCAAGUCUCACUGGAUACGUUGGAUCGGUGUAUAGUGGCCUUGCGGUCCUCCGGCACGGACGAUAUGGACUUUUCCCUGCGAUAUGCGACGCUCCUGGAGAAACAUGUGGCGCGGUUUCGAGCCAAUUUCGUUCUCCCUGGUGGCUCAAUGAACAAUGCCGGGACGACUGCAUCUGUCACUGCAUAUCAGCCUACUCCAUCUGUAAACCAAAGGCAGCAGGACGACUCGCUAGGGCUGUCAUCGGAUGCAGGGAGUAUUAACUGGACGCAGUACGCAGGCUUGGAUCAGAUCUCUAGUGAAGACUGGUGGGCACGUCCGUUUGAUCCUAAUAUCGCGCCAUUUUCGAGCAAUAGUGGUGGGCACGGGGAGGGUGUUUCUCUAGGCCUGGAGCUGGACUCGCUGGAUUUUCUGUGGAAUUUGCCACUCGUUGAUGAUGUAGAUAUGGCGAAUUAG